AUGGCAUUUCAGCCUCCUCCUAAGCAACCACCAAAUCAACUUCCAUCAUUUCAAGCACCACCGUUUCAGUCUCCAGGAGGAUCUGGUUUCCAUGCUCCUGGUUUUAGUUCAACUUCUUCAGCUCAAAUGCCUCAAUUUGUUCCGCCAAAGGCAACAAAUGGGCAAUUACCCGCGUUUAAACCUCCUCCAACUGGUGGAUACAAUUCAGCAUUCAGACCUCCAGCUGUGAGCACAUUUAAUUCUGAAAUUAAACCUGCACCCCUUAAUCAAGCCUCAGCUUUUUCACCAUCACCAGAAAAAUCUCCGAAAUCUCCUAUAGCAGCAUUUAAUCCACCGCCAUCUCCAAAUAAUCAAAAUUCAAGUAUACCGGCUUUUCCUCAAUUUGCAAUGCCACAAAAAAGUGAACCUGUUUCUCCGAAACCGGAUCAUGCACCACAAAUGCCGCCAUUUAACCCUGAUUCAUCGUUAAAUGAACCGAAGCCAUCAGAAACACCAAAUAAACCAGAAGAACCCGUACUAUCACCUAAACCAGCAGCAAGUAACGGCAUACCACCCUUCCCAAUUCCAUCUCCAACAACAAAUAGCAGUAAUAUUCCGCCGUUCCCGGGCCAACCAAUGUCAAACCAACCAUCUGCUGGUCAGAUACCAGCAUUCCCUGGAAUUCAAAGCCAAAAUUCUGGUUCAAUUCCUCCAUUCCCAGUAUUAAAGGCUAAUUCACCAACUCCUGUAAAAGCAGAUCCACAUCCAUUCCCACCAACAGAUAAUCAGCCGAAAAGUACAACUUCUGAAAAAGAAAUUCCUCCAUUUCCAAAUCUUACUUCACCAAAGCCAAAUAAUCAACCGGCUGCAUUACCAGCAUUUCCAUCUAUUAAUAUACAACCUUCUCCAACUACAAGUCAAAACGAAAUCUCCGCAUUUCCAGGAAUUAAACCAAUAUCUCCACCAGGCUCAGCUAAUGGACCAGCUCCACCUUCACCAAAACAACCGCAAUUACAAUCACCUGGAUCUUCCAGCGGAGAAAUCCCACCGUUUCCAGGAAUUAAACCAAUAUCUCCACCAGGCUCAGCUAAUGGACCAGCUCCACCUUCACCAAAACAACCGCAAUUACAAUCACCUGGAUCUUCCAGCGGAGAAAUCCCACCGUUUCCAGGAAUUAAACCAAUAUCUCCACCAGGCUCAGCUAAUGGACCAGCUCCACCUUCACCAAAACAACCGCAAUUACAAUCACCUGGAUCUUCCAGCGGAGAAAUCCCACCGUUUCCAGGAAUUAAACCAAUAUCUCCACCAGGCUCAGCUAAUGGACCAGCUCCACCUUCACCAAAACAACCGCAAUUACAAUCACCUGGAUCUUCCAGCGGAGAAAUCCCACCGUUUUCAGGAAUUAAACCAAUAUCUCCACCAGGCUCAGCUAAUGGACCAGCUCCACCUUCACCAAAACAACCGCAAUUACAAUCACCUGGAUCUUCCAGCAGAGAAAUCCCACCGUUUUCAGGAAUUAAACCAAUAUCUCCACCAGGCUCAGCUAAUGGACCAGCUCCACCUUCACCAAAACAACCGCAAUUACAAUCAUCUGGAUCUUCCAGCGGAGAAAUCCCACCGUUUUCAGGAAUUAAACCAAUAUCUCCACCAGGCUCAGCUAAUGGACCAGCUCCACCUUCACCAAAACAACCGCAAUUACAAUCAUCUGGAUCUUCCAGCGGAGAAAUCCCACCGUUUUCAGGAAUUAAACCAAUAUCUCCACCAGGCUCAGCUAAUGGACCAGCUCCACCUUCACCAAAACAACCGCAAUUACAAUCACCUGGAUCUUCCAGCGGAGAAAUCCCACCGUUUCCAGGAAUUAAACCAAAUACCCCUCCAGCAUCUACAGCUCCUUCAAUUCCUCCGUUUUAUCCUGUAAAGCCAAAUCCACCUCCAAUGCCAGGUUCAUCCAGUGGUGAAAUUCCUCCAUUCCCUGGAAUCAAACCACAAUCAACUGUUUCUGGUUCUUCUAGUGGUACAAUUCCUCCAUUCCCAGGAAGCAGUUCUUCGCAACCUCCAUUACCUGGCUCUUCCAGUGGUGGAAUUCCUCCAUUUCCUGGAAUCAAACCUCAACCACCAAUUCCAAGCUCAUCCAGUGGUACAAUGCCUCCAUUCCCAGGAGUUGCCGCUCCACCUCCAUUACCUGCUUCAUCCAAUAGUGAAAUGCCUCCAUUACCAGGAUCGAUUACUAGUCCUCCUCCAUUACCCAGUUCAAAUCCACAGAAACCACCUGAAAUUGCUCCACCUCCUCUCCAAAUUCCUCUUCCAUCAGAUGUAUUAUCUCCACAAGCCAGAGGUCCAGUAAACAGGCCGGCCAUGCCAAGCAUUGCAUUGGACUUCUCUCAAUUGAACAUGACACCAAAAGAAGAUAAACCAGCCCAACCCAAAGAGGAAAAGGUCGCUCCUUCUCUCAUGGAUCUAAUCAAGAAGAAGGAAGAAAGUGACACUGAGUACUACAGUGAUGAUUACUCAUAUUACUCAUAUUACUACUACAGUGAUACAGAGCAAUCAGAAGAAAAGAAAACAGAAAAGAAGGGAAGGAAAUCGAGAUCAAGUUCAAUGAUCAAAGAAGAAGAUAAACCAAAGAAAGAAGAAGAACCAACACCUUCUCCAAUUGUUCCUCCUAAACCUGAACCAAAACAAGAGUCAAAGCCUGAACCAAAACUUCCUGAAACACCAGCAAUUCCUCCAUUCCCAGCUGCUGCUCCAGGAUCAAAUGCUACUCUUCCUCUAUUUGCUGCACCAGGUUCUAAUUCUGCUGCUCCUAAACCAGAGCCAAAACCAGAACAAAAACCUGAGCCAAAGCAAACAGAAACAAAGGUAAUUCCUCCAUUCUCUGGUGCACCAGGUUCUAACUCUUCUGCUUCUCAGUUUCCAGCUGCUCCAGGAUCGAAUCAAACAGUUCUUCCAUUCCCUGCACCGCCGAAAUCAUCACAAAUCCCUCCAUACCCAGGAAAUCCAAAUUCAUCAGUUCCUCCAUACCCACAACCACCAGCUUCUUCCGCAACACCUGCAUUCCCUGCAGCACCUUUGGCUAAUGAGUCAUCAAAUGCAGCUCCUCCAUUCCCUUCAGCUGCAAUCAACUCAUCAGCAGCACCACUCCCAACGAAAUUACCUGGAUCAAAGGAUGAUGAUGCUUCAUCAGAAUUACCUCUCUUUCAACCAGAUCCAUCCACAACACCAUCACCUUCUUUCCCUGUACCACCUCAAGCAUCCAAACCACCUCCAUUCCCAUCAGCAGCAAUUGGAUUCCCACAGCAAGGAAGGCCAAAUUCACCUCAACCAGGCCUUCCUCAAUCUCUCAGCGGACAGAACCAACAGGCGAUGCAGUCUUCUCCAAUUUUCCCCAACGUCGGAGUCAGCAAUUCACCACCACUUGGAUUCCCUGGAGUCAGCACGAGUUCUCCGGGAUUUCCAUCAUUCCCGAAUGCUCCUGUUUCUCCUCUCGCUGGAGGACAGCCACAAAUUGGAAUGCCAUUUGCGCCUCCAGGUCAGCAAUUAGAUCUAUCACUUGCUAUCCCCACAACAACUAAACUUACUGAUGAAGAAAGGGCAGCUUUGAGUUGGAGAUCAAUGGUAUUUGAUGAUGUUGCUGAACCUUCAAAUGCUGACAUUGAGAAUGAGUGCAGACAGAAGUAUGAUCCAGAAGUUCUGUUCAAUAACAUGAGAAGUAUCAAAUAA